GACUGUGCCAGGUGGGCUUGGUGACUGUGCCACUGCACGGAUCACUAAUCAGUUCGCUCUCGCUAUGCAGAUGGUCCGCUACGUCUUUGUUCAUCUGCUGCUGCCUGCGCUUGCGCAUGUGGCAUCGGCAACAUCAACGGAAUGCGGCUUCAGCUGUCCCGGAGGCAACGAAGGCAGCGCUCAGCUCCUAUCCAUCGACAAGUGCCUGGAUCAACCAGAAGAGGGACCCAGGGCAGCUGAGCUCAACCAGGCCUGGACGGUCGCAUCAUCGUCGACAGCAACAAGCCCGUCAUCUAUAAAAGAGCAAGCACCUUCAGCGGAGCGCUGUGGGCUUGGUGACUGUGCCACUGCACGGAUCACUAAUCAGUUCGCUCUCGCUAUGCAGAUGGUCCGCUACGUCUUUGUUCAUCUGCUGCUGCCUGCGCUUGCGCAUGUGGCAUCGGCAACAUCAACGGAAUGCGGCUUCAGCUGUCCCGGAGGCAACGAAGGCAGCGCUCAGCUCCUAUCCAUCGACAAGUGCCUGGAUCAACCAGAAGAGGGACCCAGGGCAGCUGAGCUCAACCAGGCCUGGACGGUCGCAUCAUCGUCGACAGCAACAAGCCCGUCAUCUAUAAAAGAGCAAGCACCUUCAGCGGAGCGCUGUGGGCUUGGUGACUGUGCCACUGCACGGAUCACUAAUCAGUUCGCUCUCGCUAUGCAGGUUGGUGAGCCCUACGAUAUGUUUUCGAAAAGAUCUGGUGAUUACUUUCUGGUACAGCUGCCAAGCCCGCAGUGCUGUAUGGUUAUUAUUGCAGAGUGUGUCCACGUAAUUCGUGCACUGCUAAUUCUGGCUGGAGAUAUUGAAACUAACCCUGGUCCUUCCAAUUCUGAGAACGUUCUUGCUGAGUUGCGUAAACUGUCAGCCGGUCAAACACAACUAAUUGCAGAUGUCCAGGGCUUGAGAGCUCAGCUCGGUAACACUGAUAAAACAAUUAGCGAGCUCAACAAAAGACUAACAGAUCUUGAAACUCAUUAUCAAUCUUUGGUACCACUUCGAAAGGAAGUGGAGAUCAUGCGCACUAGCACGGAGCAAACGGCCUGCAGAAUCGCUGCGUUAGAAGGCCGUAUUGAUGACGCUGAAAAUCGCUCGAGGCGAAAUAACUUAAUUUUCUAUGGCAUACCGGACCCUUCCGCAUCUGAAACAUUCGCCGAGUCGGAGCACCUGGUGGUAAAUCUUUGCCGCGAUAACUUACAGGUGCACCUGGAACCAAGAGAUAUUGAACGCGCGCAUCGUCUCGGCCGGCAUUCAGUUGGUCGCUGCCGGCCUAUAAUCGCGAAGAUUGCUCUGCAUAAAACGAAAACUGCAAUACUAUCAAAUGGUCGCAAACUCAAGGGGACAGGUUACGGCAUAGGUGAAGACUUCUCACGCUCCGUCCAAAGCGCUCGAAAACAACUAAUUGCGUUUGCGAGAAGCAAGAACAAGCCAUUUUCUGUCCACUUUAAAACGCUGCACAUAAAUCAAAAACGCUACAUCUUCGAUGAUAAAUCAAACACUAUCAAAGAACUAUCGUAGCAGUCGAGGCGGCGGCGGAAGAUUGCGACACCUCUUGUUAUUUCUAGUAACACUCUUUUACUUUCUACUGUUUACACUAAUAUUCGUAGUUUUCUUCCCAAGCGGGAACCC